GCACCAUCCUGCCGCACUCUCCCUUUCAGCAGAGCCUGACAGGUCUUUAUCAGCCGGUGCCUUCUGCCACAGGGAAGCCACAGGAGGCUUAACAAGAGCAGAGACCUUCCUGCCACUUGCAAUAAGAAAACUAUCUAAAAUAAAGAUUACAGAAGGAUGAAUGGACGGUCUUUGGUUGGUGGCGCUGGUGACGCCCAUCCUGGUCCUCUUUGGACAGACCCAUUUGGAAAUAACGCUGGUGAGGCAGACCAUGAAGGCUUCGUUCAGCUAAGUUUGGCCCUGACCGAUGGGCAGCAAGAGCAGGAUUCAGAGGAAGAAGGGGCCAUGGAGGAUAACCCCACAAUGGUUAAACUGGAUCUGCCUGAAACCCAGGUCCCAUCACAUCGAAGGAGAAGAUGUAUUCCCAAGGCACUUGGCUAUGUCACUGGUGAUAUGAGAGAAUUUGCCAGAUGGCUCAAAGACAAACCUGUGGUGCUCCAGUUCGUUGACUGGGUUCUUCGGGGUAUAUCCCAAGUGGUGUUCGUCAGCAAUCCCAUCAGUGGGAUCCUGAUCGUGAUAGGACUACUGGUCCAGAACCCAUGGUGGGCUCUCAAUGGCUGUUUGGGAACAGUGAUCUCCACUCUGACAGCCCUCUUGCUCAGCCAGGACAGGUCGGCCAUAGCUGCUGGGCUCCACGGCUACAAUGCCAUAUUGUUGGGGAUACUCAUGGCUGUCUUUUCAGACAAGGGAGACUACUUCUGGUGGCUGUUACUGCCAGUGUCUGUUAUGUCCAUGACUUGCCCCAUUUUCUCAAGUGCGUUGAGUUCAGUAUUCAGCAAGUGGGAUCUCCCUGUCUUCACUCUCCCUUUCAACAUGGCGUUGUCAAUGUACCUUUUGGCCACAGGACACUACAAUCUCUUCUUUCCAAGUCAACUGAUCACACCUGUAAGCAAAGUCCCCAACAUCACCUGGUCUGACCUCAGUGCCGUGGAGCUAUUGAAAGCCCUGCCCGUAGGGGUUGGUCAGAUAUAUGGCUGUGAUAACCCAUGGACAGGGGGCAUCUUCCUGGUCGCCAUCCUGCUCUCCUCCCCAGUCAUGUGCCUGCACGCUGCGAUUGGGUCAUUGCUGGGGGUAGUAGCCGGACUCAGCCUUGCAGCUCCUUUCCAGGACAUCUACUCUGGACUCUGGGGUUUCAACAGCUCUCUGGCCUGCAUUGCCAUUGGAGGAAUGUUCAUAGCGCUCACGUGGCAGGCCCACCUCCUGGCUCUGGCCUGUGCCCUGUUCACCGCCUGUCUUGGAGGCACCUUAACAAACCUAAUGGCUAAUGUUGGAUUGCCAUCUUGUACCUGGCCUUUCUGUUUGGCCACACUACUGUUCCUUUUGGUGACCACAACAAACUCCAACAUCUACAGAAUGCCCCUCAGUAAAGUCACCUACUCUGAAGAGAACCGGGCCUUCUACCUACAAACCAAGAAACGCCUGCCUGACAGCCCUUUGUGAGAGCAGCCCCCCCUCGGCCAUGGUCUCAGCCAUUUCCGACAGGGCCCCAGCUGACUUCCAGGGGCUCAGCACACUUGCUCUUCGCCAGAAACAACUGUCAUGCAUACCCUCCUCUGUCUGUAUUUUUCCUUUUGCUUUUUGACUCCAGAAAUAUCCUUGAGCAUAUGAGCACCCCAGCCAGGUGAUGUGCUCUGGUAUGGAAUUUCAAAUCCCAGGAGGGAUCGAUGCUAAGACUGUAAUGUAUUUAUAAAGUCAAAAUGCUCCAACCAAAAGUAGUGAAAAUGGAGCUAAUCAUUGGUAUUUAUUGAUAUUCUUAGUGUAGAGUUGGCCAGAUGACGUUAACAGUAUUAAAAAUUGAACUUUAUUAACCAGCUAAACCUUAUGGAAUUCAUGGUCACAAAAGUGAAACUAACCCAGAGUUCUCUGAUACAAACCAUUUGGCUUUUUAAAAAUCCAUGCAAGUGACAUGUUGCCAUUUUGGUCAAUACUGCAGCAGUGCUGGGUGGCCUCUGGGUCUCCAGUUCCCCAGCAGAAUAACUUCCAUACUGCGGUGUGUGUGUGUGUGUGUGUGUGUGUGUGUGUGUGUGUGUGUUUCUCCUAUGGGAGAUGAUUGGGGUUUUUCCGGCUGACAGCUGUAGGAGGCAGAAAGGGGCUUUGUCUAUCAAAAUUAUUCUAUAUUGCCACUCUUCUCCAAAGUUGCAAAUAGUUUUUUCAACAAGUUUUAUUAUUUUUCUUAUAAGAAAAUAAUUUGUUUUCAGUGAGAUAAAAUAAGAAAAGUUCCUGGAUUAACCAGUCUUUGAACAGUAAAGAAAAUUUACAUAUUUAUGAAAAUAAUCAGCAUAAUAAUUUAUAAAAUACUCAGCACAUUUUUGCUUUAAUCCUUAAGUUAUUUUAUUAAAUAAAUAGAAUCAUCAUAAACUUCCACAGCCCUUUAAAGUCACAUUUUAACUUGUUGAGGAUGUCUUACAAAGAUUGGUCAUUAAAGUCAAAUUGCUUAUAGGUAUUAACUUUUGGAAGUUGUUAGAUUUCCUUUAUAUAAAUUUAUUAUUUUCUGUAUACUAAGAUUAUACUUUUACAGAAUCCUUUGGUGUUUGAACCACCAAAAGAAAUACAAGAAAAUAAUUGUCCUGUUUUUCUGCGACCACACCCUCUCACACUGCCUUCCCCACCACACCUUCUAUUCAGCAUUUUGGAGGCUCAAAAAAUGAAACUCUGAAAUAGCACAGUAAAUAAACCUAUAAAUUUUUGAGGGAGGAGUCUACUUCUUCCUCUUCUCAGGAAAGCAAAAACACAAACACUUUCAAUUUUUAAAAUCCUGCGACCAAAGCCUUUUGAAACCAUGAAAUUGCAAGUGUCACAGAUUUAUGGGUAUUCCUGUGGCAAAGAUGAAUUCUUGUUGUUUGAACUGAAACCUUCCCUAUUAGGGAAUGUGUAAAGUAAGAGUUGGGGGAAAGGGAAAAAAAGCAAGCUGGACCAAAGAUUCUCGGCUGCGAAGAAUCUGCAUGUAGCUAAGCGAAGCAGAGGCCUCAGACAUGGACCCAAACUGACCUGCAGAACCGAGCUCUGCUAUGUUUAUGGCGGCACCUUCCUCCAUGUGCUCACAUAGAUCCACAAGUAGGAAUAUUUUAAAACCUUGUACAGUGUCUUAUUUAAGUGAUAUUAAUUUUCUCAAGCUAUUUUUGUUACUAAGUAAAAAUCAAGUGAUAAUUCUUAGGAUCACUUGUAUGUUUUUUACUACUAUCUGUAAUAACAAAUUCCUGUGUAGUAUAUGAAUAAAUUAUGUUCCCAGA